AUGGUUGAAGAUAGACUAGCCUCAGAAGUUGUUACGGAAAGAAAUGAUGAUCCUGGCUGGCAUAACAAUGGCGCAGAACCUACAGUGAAGCAAGAUACACCUGAAGUCUUAGAAAUAGACCUCGAUUGGGUGAUUAACAAUGAGGUGGGACAAUUUGGACGGUUCCAAAUUAUUAAUAUCCUACUAUUAAUGUUCCCCAUUGUUUCUCAUGCGUUUUUGAGUGAAUAUGUGUUUUCCGCUUCCGCUGUUCCGCAUAGUAGAUGUCGGAUCCCUGAAUGUGGAGAGACUAGUGGAACAGGCUACGAAUUGUUCCCAGAGUGGAUCUUGAACGCUGUUCCCAGCAGCAACGGACAACCAGACAGUUGUUCACGCUACGUGCCGGCGGGUAAUGGCUCGCUGGAGUACUGCCCGGCUACCAUCUUUGACCAGGCUGUCACGCAGGAGUGCGAUGAAUUCGUGUACGAGAGGACCAAUUCAGUUGUGUAUGAGUUUGAUCUAGGCUGCCAAGAGUGGAUGCGGGCGCUGGCCGGUACAUUGAACAGCAUUGGCUCUCUACUCGUACUCCCGAUCACAGGCUACAUAUCCGACAAAUAUGGGAGACGUGUUGCUCUCUGCAUCAGCGUCUUCAAUUUGGCGUUUUUGGGCCUCAUCAGAGCGUUUUCUGUUAACUAUCCCAUGUAUCUGGUGCUACAGAUUUUGCAGACGACUCUCGGAGCCGGCACAUACAGCACUGCAUUUAUUUUAGGUAUCAUUAAAUUAUUUUCAGCGGCAGAACAAUUGGUUGGCUCAAAAUACCGAGUGCUGGCGAGCUCAGUGAACUUAGUCUCCUUCCCAGUGGGUCACAUCAUCAUGGCCGGAAUAGCCUGGCUCGUGCAACCAUGGCGUUACUUUAUCAUGACACUAUACAUCCCCUGCUUUCUAAUGAUCGCUUAUUACUGGUGCAUCUCGGAAAGUGUUAGGUGGCUACUUACUAAAGGAAGGUUCGACGAAGCCAAAGAUGUUCUGGAGAGAGCUGCGAGAGUAAAUAAAACAAAGAUCAGUGAGAAAUCUAUGCAGGUGCUGAUGAAGCCUGCGCCAGCAAAAGAGAGUCAGACGAACAACUUCAAAGGCUUAAUUUAUACCAUUUUCAAAUCCCCGAUAUUGCUUUGCCGUGUCUGCACAACACCAGUCUGGUGGAUCGCAACUACAUUCGUCUAUUAUGGGUUAUCCAUAAACUCCACUGGGCUCCCGGGCAAUAUGUACGUCAACUAUAUGCUGGUGUGUGCUGUGGAGAUCCCUGCUCUUUAUACCGCUGUGCUGUUGCUGGAUCGUGUUGGCAGGAAAGCUGUCCUCACGACAGGGUUCUUGCUCAGUGCUGCUUGCAACCUUGCAUUCGCUUUCAUUGACAAUAAUGAACUAGUGACACUGGGUCUUACACUGUUCCUGGUGGGUAAAUUUGGAAUCUCUGUAGUGUUCACGUGUUUAUACAUUUACACCUCUGAGCUAUACCCAACACAGUUCCGUCACACACUGUUGGGAUUCUCUUCUAUGGUUGGACGUAUUGGCUCCAUCACCGCUCCGCUUACUCCUGCUUUGGCAGUAUACUGGGCCGGAAUCCCAUCAGUAAUGUUUGGCGCUAUGGGUCUUUUGGCCGGCCUGCUGGUGUUCACACAGCCGGAGACCCUGGGAUGCAAGAUGCCGGACACCCUAGCUGAGGCAGAGGCUAUUGGCAGACAAAAGAAGAUAAUUACGACAGCUCUCUAG